GUCCCCGCGGUGUCCCCGGCCAUGCUGCGGGACCAGGACACCGAGGCGGAUUUCCAGCGCUUCCUGCGCCGCGUGGACGAUGUCACCAAUUUGCUGCAAGGCCUGAAGUCCCCGGACUCGGCUGUGCAGGAAAAAGCCAUUGCUGAGGCAGAGCAAAGGCUCCGAGAGCAAGGAGCCAGCAGGGAGGAGGAGGAGGAGAGCAGGACCACGGUGAACAGAACACUCAUCAACACUUCUGGCACGGCGAGGGUGGAGGCAGCAGAUGCAGAUGGCUUCCUGGCAGCUUUGGAGAAGGAUGCCAAAGAACGAGCCCAGAGAAGGAGGAGGAAUGAGCAGCUGGCAAACGCCCUGAAGGAGCAGGGGAACGAAGCCUUCAGGGCAGGAGACUUCGCCCUGGCCAUCCAGAGGUACUCAGAGGGGCUGGAGAAGCUGAGGGACAAGCAGGAGCUCUACACAAACAGGGCCCAGGCCUACCUGAAGCUCCAUGAGUAUGAGAAAGCCAUCAGUGACUGCAAGUGGGCAUUAAAGUGCAAUAAGAACUGCCUCAAAGCCUAUUUCCUCAUGGGGAAAGCUCACCUGGCCCUGCAGCACUUCACUGAGUCCAGGCAGUGCUACGAGAAGAUGCUGCAGAUUGAUCCCCAGAAGGAACGCCUGGUUAAAGAUUGUGUGGACGAGGCCAGGCUGGAGGAGAAGAGGCUGAGAGAUGAGGAGAGAGCAGAGAGGGAGGUCCAGGCUGGGAGUGCUGCUGCUUUAUCCAUCCAGGAAUUGCUGCAGAGCAUCAGCAGCCCCCACCACGACAUCCUCUACUACACAGGGGGCAUCAGGCUCCUGGCAGAAGUUGUGAACAGUUGCACUGGGCAAACGCUCUUCAGGACAAACAAUGGCUUCAGUAUCCUCAGGAACGAGGCUGUCAGAGGGGCCUUCUGUGCAGAGAGCAAAAGCCCUGCUGAGGUGGAGCUCUGUGUUUCCCUUCUCCUCCUGUGGCAAGCUGCCUGUGCUGGGAACGAGGAAAAUCAGCGUCUCCUGUUGGCCCAGCCCGAAGUGAGUGCCCAGCUGCCAGAGCUGCUCUCCUCUGGCACAGCCCAGAUCCAGAGGGAGACCUUGGCACUGAUCUCUCUCUACUCAGAGCACCAGAGAGGCCGGAGGCUGCUGCUCAGGCAGGACCUGAGCAGAUGGCUGCAGAUUUUGAUGGCAUUUGUCAAGUGCACUGAUGCAAGGGCUGAUAGUGCCAUGAACAUCCUGUCUGACUUAGCUGGGGAGGAAAGGUUCCAGACCCAGUGUCGGGCCAUGCUUUCCACGGGUGUUUUACCUUUAUUCACACAGCUGCUGGCGCGUGCCGGGCAGGCGGAGCGGGCAGCGCUGGCGCGGGCGGUGGCCGUGCUGGGCAGCCUGUGUGCAGAUGUGCAGCUGCGGGCACAGCUGGCUCGGAGCAGGCACUGCUGGCAGGCCUGCCUGCAGCUGCUGGAUGGGUGCCCUGAUGCCAGCAGCCCUGGGUACCAGCAGUGCGUGUUUGCAGUGCUGGGGCUGAUGAUGAACCUGCUGCUUGAAUCCAAUGGCACCAUCCAGGACUUUGCCGUGCCCAUCAGUGGCAGGUGCCUGGCUCUGCUCAGCCAUCAGGACGGAAGGAUUGUCACAAGAGCCACAGGAGCGCUGAGCCGUGCCCUGCCGGCCUCUCCCGCAGCAGUGGAGGAAGUGGUGAAAGGAGGAGUGGUGAAGAAAAUGCUCAAAUUGCUGAAAGCCGGGGCACAGCUCACAUCCAGCUCUGCCAUCCAGACCCUUUCCAUCUGCGCCAAGAGCAGCCGGAGAGCUCAGGAGGAGCUGCUGAAGUGGGAUAAAAGUGAGUGAAGCUUGGGAUUUCCAGGCCUUGG